AUGACGGCCCUGUUCCUCAACAAUGGAAGAAUUGCACCAAUGAUUGCCACAUUUAUGGCGACCAUCGCGGCCGUCCUUUUCGUUGCCGCUGGCUUGCCUAUGGAGUUCCGCGAGUAUCAGGUCGAACCCCCAUACGCACCACAGUACCCCAUGGUCUCUUACUGGGCCAAAGCCGUCGGAUUUUUGACCUACUGCAUCGUGCUCCUCAGCUGGCGACCCAGGAAAAGUAUAUUCAUGGAUGUCCUGUGCAUUGACCAGGAUAAUGCGCGGCGUAAGGCUUUGGCGCUCUUCAGCAUGCCUGCCUUCCUGAAGGCUUCCGAUUCUUUGCUCGUGCUGUGGGACCCGUCCUAUACUAGACGUUUGUGGUGUUGCUUCGAGAUUGCAGCCUUCCUGCGCACCCGCGACAGCGGGCAAAGAGCGCGCGUAAUUGUCAGGCCUACACUAAUAGGGCCUGGUUUCAUCUCAAUUCCGGUGGCCUUGUCCUGCAUGGUCUUAGGUAUGGGAUUCGUGCCGACUGGUCAGAAGAACAACGACCAUGCAGUCAUGUGGCCGAUAAUGACAUGUGAUCGGCGAGUUUUGCUUUCGUGCAUAGCCCGCUGGUUUGGCAGCUCUGACGCCUUCAACCGUAUGGUGCGUACUGAAGUCCUGGUUUGCUUGACGGAGCAGCUUGCAUCGCAGGUGCUGACAUACAAGGAGUUUGUUCUGAUGGCGGUGCCUGUUAUGUGGCUUCACAUGGACGCUGCUUCUGAACCGCUGGAAUGGGCGCUCCACCCCCGCGAGGGGUACAAGCACAAACCCGGUGAUGUGUUCUCUUUAAGCAGUGAUGCUUUGCGAGAAAUCAUCCGCGGCAUUGGCUGGACUCUUGGCAAUGUGCCAAUUCUUUUCUUCGUGACGUCAAAGCUUACCUGCCUGCUACGGAACCAAGUUGGCAAGACCAGGGCCGUGCGCAUUUGUGGCGACAUACUGAUCAACUGCUUUGUGCUUCUGGCAGUGAUUCUGCUCUUUGUGGCCAUGUUGUACUUAGAGGUUCAAAUAAUUGGCUUCCUUUUGGCUUUGGCGGUCUAUGACGUGAUUAUUUUCGUGGUGGCUAUCCUAAUCUUCAAUUGCUUUCCC